UCCACCUGCACGGAGUGUGUUGUACAUCGAAUGUCUUGACUCUCUUAAAGUAUAUAAUUAAUUGAUUACAUUCUCAGUCAAUGAGUGAAUGAAACUAGGACUAAUUGUUUCAUUUAAAAUUUUCUGCCAUCCAUAGAAUUUUGAGUUGUUCUGUGAAAAAAAGAUGUCUCGUCUGAUGAUCAUUAGUUUGAUUGCCAUAUUGGCUUUCUCUGUUCCUGGAUCCUCGAUUGAGGCUUCCGCUAAGGGAGAUAGAGGAGAUGAAGCCACUAUAGGCAGUGUCAGCACAACUGGAAAAAAAGAUCUUGUGCGAGAGGCUACUGGUUGGCAAAGGCCUGCAUAUAGUACUCAGACCAAUUAUCCAGGAUCCGGAUAUCCAGCUUCCGGCAAUAGUAAAGGAUGGUCUGGAUCUGGCACUGGCUACGACCGGUACCAACAAGGAUAUCAAGGUGGAUAUGCGGGGAACACAAAGAGAGGAGGUUACUAUAUGCCUAAUCAAGGAUAUCCAGGAUACCAAGGAAGUUACGUUGGACAAGGUGGUUAUGGCCAAGGUGGAUACAUAGGAAAUCAAGGUGGUUACAUUGGCAGCCAAGGAGGUUACGUUGGAGGCCAAGGAGGUUAUGUUGGAGGCCAAGGAGGUUACGUUGGAAGCCAAGGAGGCUAUAUUGGAGGUCAAAGUGGUUACGUAGGAAAUGUAGGAGGUUAUCCUGGUGCCCAGCCUGGAUAUGGUAACAAUAAAGGAUGGUCCACUGGUAACUCAGGAUGGAGUGGGAACACUGGAGGCAGACCAUGGUCUGGUGGCUAUGGUAGUGGUAAUUACAAGGGAAGCAACCAGAUAACAAGAGGCGGGUAUGGACAGAGUGGCGUUUAUGGAAGCGGAUGGUACGGAGGAAACCAAGUCAACACAGGUUCGGGAGGUUAUAACUGGCCAUCACCAUCCAGUGGCUACAGAGGGGACAAGGGUUACAGUGGAUCUUACGGAUCAGGCAGUGGUGGAUCAUAUGGCAACCAACCCGGCUAUGUUUAUGGUAGCAUCAACUAUGGCGGUGGCUAUACCAGUCCAGGAAUGAGCAAAGGUGGUUUAGGUAACCAAAUUUAUGGGUCCGGUUAUGGAGGUUCUUACACUGGACAAAAGGGAUGGUCUAGUGGAGGAGGAUAUGGAAAUGUCAACGCCAUACCUGGAUCUCAAGGAGGAGCUUGGGGUAACACCUAUGACAGAUAUGGUACAGGCUCUCAAGGCAAUUACAAAGGUGCAUCAAGCCCAAGGGCUAAUAAUAUAUCUUCUAAAGGCUGGUCUGAGCCGAGAUCAGAAAGGGUUAAUUAUUUCCCUAACAGCAAAGGUUACUGGUAAAGACUGCUUUAUUGAAAAAUUUCUGAAUUUUCCCUCAAUGUGAAUCCUGAAAACCUGAAGUCCAUUUGUUUUACAAACUCUAAGAGCUUGGUAGCAAGUGGUUCAGUUUCGUCUUUCGUUUACAAGAUCAUUUUAUACAAAAUACAUGUUUUAUGUGUGUUUAUUUUAUUUUUUUUAAUAAGUACUCAAUUCUAAAGAAAAAGGUAAACCUUAAUUUAAAAAUCUGUGUCAAUUUAAAAUGCAGUUAUUUAUAUAUUAUGUUAAAAGACCAUGCAUUGUAUAAACUUAAGCACGAAUUAUCAAGUAUUUGUAAUUCAAGCUCUUCUAAAGUCAAUAACUUUAAUUCACUUUUUGUAAUUCAUUUUUAAAUACUCAAACUAAUUAAAUGUUAGUUAUUAAACAAUACAUUAACAUAUUUAGAUUUUUUUUGCUAAGAAACGCACAUACUUAUGAAAUUUUAACGUUGAAUGCUGAAAUAAAAUACUUUUUAAUAUAAUUAUUUAAAAUGAGCCAAGGAAACGCAUUAAUGUUUCCUAAGGAAAUCCCACGUACAUCCAGAAUUAAUUCUAUUUAAAUAGUCCUUUAAGAAGAAUUAUAUACAUAUCUCUGCAUGUCUUUCGACAAUCAGGUAUUUCAAGUGUUACAAGUAUUAAAUGAUGGUUUUAAGAUGUUAUACGGAUGAUGGAAAACACUCCAAAGUUUUUAUGUUUCAAAA